AUGUCAACUUCCACACCGUCGGAUAAACCCGGAUCUAUCGCCGGCGACUUUCCUCCCGAUCCUCUUCUCGCCUCCGGAUCCUUCAUCUCCUCGGAUACAACCGCCGGUGACAGUAGUGCGAACCGUCGACCGAUUCAGGGAGUAACCAGAGUAAUUGGUUCAGGACAGAACGUACGAAUCGGGAUGCCGAAAGGUACGGAUCAGGUUCAUCAAUCGCCGGGUAACUCUGCUCAACGAGCGGAAUCGAAGUCGAGGAAGCGUGCGGCACCAGGGGACAAUUGGUUGCCUCCUGGUUGGAAAGUUGAAGAUAAGAUUCGAACCUCCGGUGCUACUGCUGGUUCGGUGGAUAAGUACUAUUACGAACCAGUUACAGGCCAGAGGUUUCGAUCCAGGAACGAGGUAUUGUACUACCUGGAACAUGGAACCUCUAAAAAAGGUGCCAGGAAAGCAGCGAACACCGAUUUCCGUUCAGACCAGUUUGAAGGCCAAGGAAGCAAGAAAUCCGUCAGGAAAGCGAAAGAGCCACCACCACCACCGCCAUUAAACUUUGAUUUUGAGAGUCCACCGGAGAAGGUAAGCUGGGCGAUGACAAAAGCAGGAGAAGAAGCUUGGACACCUUUUAUUGGGGACGACAAGGUUCAAGAUUCAGUGAGACGAGAUUGGGUCACUGCGUUUACCGUCAUCACGACACAAAACGCAAGUAAACUGUCGUUUUGA